AAAAAACAUGGGCAUGACGAACCACUGGACUAACUUUUUCAGAUCUACUAUACUUCGCGCACCCACUCGCAGCUGACACAGUUCAUCUCGGAGCUGCGGCGGCCGGCGUUUCCCGCGUCGAUUCCAGACGGGGUGAUAUCCUCCAGCGGAAGAGGUGAUGAGAAGCCCGGAAAAGAAACAGUCAAGCAGGUUCCCCUAUCAUCGAGGCAGAAGCUAUGCAUCAACCCUUCGGUUGCGCGGCUCGGGUCGCUAUCUGGCAUCAAUGACCGGUGCACCGAGCUUCAGCAGUCAGCGGCCAAAGAGAGAUGCCCGUUCAUGCCGAAUAGCGAGAACCUAAAGCAGACACAUGAGUUCCGGGACGCAGCGUUGGCGACAGUUCCCGAUAUCGAAGACCUGUACCGCGUUGGCAAGGAGCUGCAAGUGUGUCCGUACUACGCCUCUCGGACUGCAAUCCCCGGGGCCGAAGUCGUCACGCUGCCUUACCCCCUCUUGCUGCAGAAGAGCGCCAGAGAUGCCCUCGGCAUCACACUCGAAGGAAACGUUGUCAUUAUCGACGAGGCACACAACAUCAUGGACGCGGUUGCCAAUGUCUACGCUGCCGAGAUCUGCUUGAGUGAGCUGCGGCGAGCGAGGCAGAUGCUGGGAAUCUAUGUGAAACGGUUCGGCAAGAAGCUGAAAGGGGAGAACCGUGUUAUGGUUGCGCAGGUGGGCAGGGUGGUCGAGUCACUAAGCGAAUGCCUGAACGGGCAGCUCAGUGCCAAGGGAGACCAAGGUAUUGUCGACCCGAACACGGUGUUGAAGGCGCGCGGCGCAGACCAAAUCAAUCUGUACCAACUGAUCAAGUACAUUCAGGAAUCCAAGCUGGCAUACAAGGUCCAAAGUUACCUCGCCCACACAGAAAACGACCAAGAAGCUUCAUCUGCGGGGGGCGGCGAGCGCGGAUCGUCGUCAACACCGGUGCUCCAUACUCUUGUAUCCUUCUUGACCGCACUUACAAACCUCAGUGCCGAGGGUCGGAUAUUCUACGAAAAGCUCGCCGAGAACCAGGGGGAUAUCAAACUCUCCUACCUCUUACUGUCUCCGACGCAUGCCUUCUCAUCCAUCGCAUCAGCGGCAAGAGCUGUCAUCCUCGCCGGGGGUACAAUGUCACCGUUUGAAGACUACAAGAUGCACCUCUUCCCAGCUUUGCCGUCACACAAGAUCACCACUCUGAGCUGCGGCCACGUUAUUCCGGCGUCCAACCUCUUUUGCUGGACUCUCUCCUCCAUUAAGCCAACUCCGUCAGGCGAUCCGAGCGCUUCGGACUGUUUCGAAUUCAGUUUCCAAAGACGCCAGGAGCCAGCCAUGAUCCGCCAACUCGGCCUUGUCCUCCUCAACAUCUGUUCUGUCGUCCCGGACGGGGUGGUCGUCUUCUUCCCGAGCUACGGCUACCUCGACCAGGUCGUGGCCGCAUGGCAGACGCAGGAAGCCGGAACAGGCGCCACCACCACCACCACACAACAACCAACGCUGUGGGACCGCCUCGCCGCGAAGAAGGCCGUCUUCCGGGAGACCAAGGGGGCCACCAGCGAGGACAUCCUCCAGCAAUACAGCACCGCCGUCCUGUCGCCGCGGCAGCCCGAUAGGAGGAACCCAGCCGACAAGCCUCCUCCGCCGGGUGGGCGGGGCGCUCUCCUGCUCAGCGUGGUGGGCGGCAAGCUCUCGGAGGGCAUCAAUUUCUCCGACCGGCUGGGCCGCUGCGUCGUCGUGGUCGGCCUGCCCUACCCCAACGUCCACGCUCCCGACUGGAAAGCGAGGCUCGAGUACGUCGAGUCGACGGCGCUGGCACGGCUCGUCGGUGGCGGCGGCGAUGGCGGUGAUGGCGGUGAUGAUGAUGAUGGCCAACCGGGAGGAGCGAGAGAGGAGGCGGCGGCGACGGCGGCGCGGGCGCAGGCGAAGCAGGCGGCGAGGGAGUUCUACGAGAACACGUGCAUGAGGGCGGUGAACCAGAGCAUCGGGCGGGCGAUCCGGCACCGCGGGGACUACGCGGCGGUGGUGCUCGUCGAUCGGCGGUUUAGCACGGAGCGGAUCAGGGGGAAGCUGCCCGGCUGGAUCCGGGCGGGAAUGGUGCAGGGUGCGGAAGCGAAAGGGCUGCAGGGGCUUAUGGGGGGAUUAAACCUGUUCUUCAAGGGAAAGAGGGAGCAGGCGUGACGUUGGAGAAUGGGUAAUAAUCGGGAAGAAGGGUGAGGAG